CUGAAUGCACAGUCGCAGAGUUGCAGGAAAGUGUUGGAGCUAAUCGGAGAAACUUGGUAUUGUUGGGACAGUUCGGAAGGUCCUCAUUGGAGAGGUGACUAUACCAGACAACUCCAAUUAACCGUCUCCGGCAGCAAAGGUUUCAAUCUGAAUUUUGGCAAAAUGAAUGCAUCUGACACGAUUUCGUUUUCCUCUUCGUUCGACUUCAGUAUGAGCGCAGGAAACUGCUCUCCGGAUGACACCCUUUAUCUUGACGAUCCUUAUUACGCAUCUUUCUACUUGUAUCAACCCAUCGAUAAGAUCAUGACGUUUUACAUCAUCCCGGUCAUCUCUGUCUUCGGUAUCCUGUCCAAUCUUGCUUUCAUCCUUGUGGUCUACAAAGUCCCCUUCAUGCGGUCUCCUACUAGUUGCUAUCUGGUACAACUGGCCGUGUCAGACACGAUCUUUCUUCUAGUUGCCGCGGUGGAGAAGAUCGUGCUGGUUUCCUCGACUCCGAUCCAGUUGGAUAUGUCGCCGAUUGGGUUCGUACCGGGCUGCAUUCUCCGGCCGGGCUUAUUGGACACCCCGUACUUCGCCUCCUUGUUCUUCAUCACAGCGGUGACAUUCGAUCGUUAUAUCGCAAUCUGCUGGCCGCUUAGGGUGCGCCUCCAAACCAAAACUCGCCGAGCAAAAGUCAGCUUGUUCUCUUGGUUGACAGCUAUCGUAUUCGCGGCUUGCCUGCUUCCAGCAUUCUACACCUUACUCUGCAUCGUGCCGCCCGAGUUUGAAACCUCGGAGUUCCCUCAACAGAUCCUAGCAUGUGAUACCUCGUUCGUUCCCAAGAUUUUCUACUACGUACGGUACGCUCUACAGACUCUGCCAUUCUUCGUCAGCCUGGUUAUCGACGUCGUCUUGUACGUCGCCAUCUUGCGCGCCAUACGCAGGCGCAAGAAGACAAUGCGGAGCGCGCUCACGCACUCCACUGCCCAAUCGCGACACGCGCGCAACGCGGUGGACAGGAUGGUUCUAGUGACUGGAGGAUUGUUCUUUCUUCUUCUCUCGCCAUUGGAGUGUUACUUUAUUGUGAUAUCUAUCUCAGAAAUAUUUGAUUAUUAUCCCCUGUCUGCAGAACAGGAAGCCAUUGUGAUUUGGGUUUUCCGCUUGUUGUCUUAUGUUAACUCCUCCAUUAAUCCUGUCGUGUAUAACAUCACAAACUCGCGCUACCGUGAGGCGUUUAAGAUGGUGUUUUGGCGCAAAACAUCAAAACCGGAAAAUUCGUCAACAAGUAUUUUCAACAUCCAACAUGCCGCCCAGCGUCAGGCAGAUCCGUCAACUUCAGUUACCAAUGCUUGA